AGCGUUAUACACAACAGCAUAGUGUCGUUUUGCCCUCACGGGUCCAAAUUGAGAUCAGCGUAUUCGCACGAGGAAGAAGACACCAUCGUCUUCGUUCUCGCCGCCCAGAGCUUCUACACGCAUAAUUCGCUUCACAUAAAAUCUCAGUGAGAUUAAAGAUGGGGUUCCUUGUAACAACCCUAAUCUUCGUAGCCGUCGGCAUAAUAGCUUCUUUGUGCGUCACAAUCUGCUGCAAUAGAGGCCCCUCCACGAAUCUGCUACAUCUGACCUUGAUCAUUUCUGCCACAGUCUGCUGCUGGAUGAUGUGGGCAAUUGUGUAUCUUGCGCAGAUGAAACCUCUGAUUGUCCCAAUCCUAAACGAAGGAGAGUAAGUAGACUCCUCUACUCGUACAAAAACAAAAAAAAGAACAAAAAACAAAUGUAACUUCAAACUAGAGAAAACUUAUGUGUCAGGUUGCUAGCUUCUGUAUGAUCCUUGUGUAUCUUCAAUCUUUAAACAGGUUAUCGUAUUUGUAAUUCCUAUAUAUUAGUGUGAACAAAUUAAAAAAAAAUUUGCCUCUUGAAAUUUUCUUGUAUUUUCACUUGUAAUUCUAUUCCCAAA